GGUUCGGUACCAGCUGAUCGAGUCGGGGUUCGGAACGUGCCGUGUCACGCUUCCCCGCGGUGAGCGCGUGCAUCCACGGGAAGGAGGGACCCGUGGAUGCACGAGUGCGCGCACCGUGAUAACCGUGACAUCCCCGUUAGUGUCGGAGCCGGCGGCGCUUUAUCUCCGCUCUGCUCCCGCAGCCAAUUACUGGGAUUUUUCUGGUGUUUCUCAGAAUAUCCUCUUUCCGCCAGAGGGAAUCUCAGCCCUGGUUUCUUUUUUUACCCAUCAAACACUUCCCGUGAUGCGGGAGUGGGUGACGUGCAAAGAUGCACUGAGCGUCUAUGAGGAGGCUGCAGCUUUAUUCAUAGCGCGUGUAAAGGUCAAUGCAGGCGGUGGUGGGAGGAACUGGACCCACAGCUGUAAACUGGACUCAGACCAGCAGGUCCAGUUGUUUAAUCUCACAUUAGGGUGCGUUUGUGUUCUCGCGUAGCAUUGGCCUCCACGCGAUUACCUGCUGACCCAGAGAGUCAAAGCAGCUUUGUCUCAUCAUCAUCAUCAUCAUCAUCAUCAUCAUCAUCAUCAUCUUCAUCAUCAUCAUCAUCAUCAUCUCCAUCACCACAGGGGGGAGUCAGGUGGAUGUGGCGGCGCCUGCAUGGCCGUGCUUCAUCUCAUCAUUCAGCGCUGAGCUCCAGGCUAAGCUAAGGAUGAUGUGAUGAGGGGGCCCCGGCCCAGACCUCUAGCGGGGGUCAGAUCUGCUGUGUAAUCGCUGAGUCAGUCCAGUCAAACAGCGUGCUGCCUUCACUGCGCUCAUAUUCAGGCAUGACUUAUUUAUGUCCUGUUCCAAUAAUGACUUCUCCGCUACCAGCGGUUUAGUGACCUGCACUCAUCAUCUGGCGUCUGAGCGGACGCAGCGGUCGGGUGACCCACACACACGGACUCUCACGUCCAGGAGGCAGAACCUCUACCGGUCCAGACGUGGCGGCUGCCAUCAGGUCUGUUGUUUCAACAGCCUCGUGUUCCUCUGCUCUGUGACGUUACAUAACGGAGCCCGUGCACGCGUCGGGCCCAGAGCCGAGGCUGAGCCGGACCCUGAGGGUGACGGCGCCGGGCCGCACGCGCUCUCACUCCAGCGCUGUCACCGGUUCUGCGUUGUUGAAAGAGGAAGUUACAGCCGCCUGUGCUUCCUUCAGCAGAAACACUGACCCAAUGAAGGCGCAUUAUUUACAACAGACGGAUUUCUGCUGCAUUCAGGGCCUGUCAGUAAUGGUCGAUUGUUAGUUUGUGUCCUAAAAAUGCUGCAUUGGUGCCCAGUACUGUUUGUUAGUGGUUCUCUGUUACUUUCAGUCCAGGUACUCGGUCCCAGGAGGAGCCUCCUCCUCCUCCUCCUCCUCAUUAGUCCAGGUUUUUAUUCACCAGGUGAAUAAUGCAUGGCCCACGCUGUGUUGUGGACUAUCAGGCGCUGGGAUGGAGGCUGCUCCCUACUGCUGUGCAGAAACAGCGACACUGUUGUGGUUCUUUCUCUCCUCCAGACCUGCACCUGGCGGCCGAGCUCGGAAAAACCCUGCUGGAGCGCAACAAGGAGCUGGAGGACUCCCUUCAGCAGAUGUACGUCAACAACGAGGAGCAAGUGCAGGAAAUAGAGUACUUGUCCAAGCAGCUGGAAAUGCUGAGGGAAAUGAACGAGCAGCACGCGAAGGUGUACGAGCAGCUGGACGUGACGGCGCGCGAGCUGGAGAUCACCAACGAGAAGCUGGUGCUGGAGAGCAAGGCGUCGCAGCAGAAGAUCGACAGGUUGACGGGCACCAUGGAGACGCUGCAGGCUCUGGUGGACAGUCUGACGGCGCGGGUGGAGGAGCUGCGGACGCUGGAGGAGCUGAGGGUCCGGAGGGAGAAGAGGGAGCGACGCAAGACCGUGCACUCGUUCCCGUGCCUCAAGGAGCUGUGCUCGGCUCCCAGGUACGAGGACGGCUUCCUGCUCGCCAACCCGGGCAGCGUGGACCUGGCCGAGCGGCGGCCGGCGGACGAGGAGAACGAGCGGCUGCGGGACGCGGCGGCGGCGCUGCGCGCGGCCGUGGCGGCGGAGCGCGGCCGGCGCGAGGGCGCCGAGCGCGAGUGCGCCGCCGUGCUGCAGGAGUUCCAGCGGCUGGAGCAGCGGCUGCUCGGCGCCGAGGGCUGCCGGCUGCGCGUGCAGGAGCUGGAGGCGGAGCUGCACGAGAUGCAGCAGCUGCGGAGGUCCCGGGCGUGCGUGAUCGGCGACAUGGAGGUCGGCCUGGAGACGCUGCUCGGCAACGGGCCCGAGACGGACACGCCCGAGGACGCCCGGGGGGAGGAGCGGGAGGGGGAGGGCGGGGCCCCGGUGAGGAAGAGCUGCAGCGACACGGCGCUCAACGCCAUCUCGGCCCGCGACGCGUCGGGCCGGCGCCACGGCAGCUACGCGCUGCACGCCAACGGCGUGCGCAAGCGCGGCAUGUCCAUCCUGCGCGAGGUGGACGAGCAGUACCACGCGCUGCUGGAGAAGUACGAGGAGCUGCUGGGGAAGUGCCGGCGCCACGAGGACAGCCUGCGCCACGCCGGCGUGCAGACGUCCCGGCCCGUGUCCAGGGACCCGUCCGUGAAGGAGCCCAGCAUGGCGGCGGCGGCGGCGGCGGCCGACGCGCCCUCCACCCCCGAGGCCCUGGAGGGCAUCAGCCGCCAGGUGGAGCAGGUGGACAAGAGGCUGAGCCAGAACACGCCCGAGUACAAGGCGCUGUUCAAGGAGAUCUUCUCCCGCCUGCAGAAAACCAAGAGCGACGUGAGCGCGAGCGCGAGCCGGAAGAGCCACAAAUGAGACGGAGCGUCGGCCUCGUGCGUGAGGGAGGCGGGUCGAUCCAUGUAAAGCUGCCAAAUGCUGCUCCUCACUUUCACUGCAGGGACAGAAGCUUCACAGUAACUGCUGCUCAACUAACAGGACAAUCUAGUUAAUUAAAGUAGUAAGAGGGAGGCUGCGGCCUCAUUAAAGUAACGUCUGCUGAACAACUAAUAGACUGAGCUUAUUAUUUGGAAGUGACUGCGUGUUGUUCCUCAUGGAGGUGGUUUUACAGCAUGUGUAGGAGCCGCUAGCCUGAAUCUGCAUCUUUAGGGGUUUGAUUGGUUCAGAAGCUUCAAAAUGAUCAGGUCCACACUGUUACAGCUGUCUUUGUAUUUAAAGCUCAUGUACUGUAUCCAUGUUAUUACUGAGGCAUUAAAGACAAAAACACAUCCAA